AUGCCAUUUGCUUCUGUCAGACUGGACGUGGACGCGAUGAACGCAUUUGUCACAUCGCGGCCACAGCGUCUUACCAUGACUUCCACCAAAGAGGCGUCCGACGACGGUGGCUCCACAUCCGAUUCCUCUGUUUCAACCACGAGGCCUGCUCCAACCACGUCUGCGGCGAAGCCAGAUGCCGACAAUGCCGCGCCUACGUCAACAGAUACGCCAACGGCUACGGAAACGGCCGCGGAAACGGCCACGGCAUCAGCUGCACCAGAGGAUACUCCGGUGACACCAACUCAGAAGGCAUCUGCUGGUCAGACGCCUAAGAGCGCGCCAGCAGCGACGGGGUCCGUUGGAGCCAGGCAACGCCGUCUGUCACAACCGGCACGAGUUCAGCCUACCCUGCUCACGGACUUCCUUUUGGGCCGCCAGUCACAAGCUCGUGUUGCUGCCAGCCGGAGAAAAACACUAGAUGCCGCCGCUGUUAAGGCGGAAUUGCGGACCGCCAUGCGUCAGUCUUCCGUCCGCAGGAUACAACAGCCAGGUGGCGUCCGGGACCGUGUCAAAAACUGGCAGAAGAAAACUGCCGUUGCAUUGGUGGAAGGCGGAAAUCCUGAGAUAGAUCCCAGUGAACCAACCGAGAUUGCUUUCAAAGAAGAGGAACGCAGCGUUACCGAGUCUGAUCGCGUCCGUAUCAAAGCUCGCAAAAAGGAAAAACAACCUCGCGCGCCUGAUGACAAGAAGAUAGCACCCGAGGAAGAUGAUGAGGAUGAUUGGGACGACGACCCAGAGGAUGCUGCCAAGCCCAUUGAACCUCUACAACCCCCAAAGGCGAGGCCGGGCCCGCGCGGCCGUCCCAAAGUUACAAGUCCUCCAAAGCGAAGAAUCGUUAGCGACGACAACUGGAUGAAACGCAAAAAAAGAACCAGCCCCUCUCCCAAAUUCACCGGCGCAAGGACGAAGCCAGACCUCGGCCGUCCAGUCCCUAUACCAAAGGACUUUCUUCAGCGCACCGCCCAGAACCCGACUGUCAAGAACAAAAUCAAGGACUGGGCCACAAGGGUGGAGAUUCCCGAGACACCACCGGCCAAAUACACCCGGAACAAGGAGAGGAGAGUCUCUCGGGAAAAGAGCAAUAGGCAAUCCUCGCAAGAUACAGCUAGACCUUCAAGCUCCCGCAGUGCUCCUGAAGACGGCUUUCGUGCCCGCCCCGUUCGGUCGACAAGAUCCGCUGAGGUCAGGCAGGCGCAGAUUGAACGCGAGGCGAGACGACGGUCUGGGCCGAAAAAGAUAGUCGUCGACGACGGCAUUCGGGUGCGGCCUCUGAAGCCCUCGAGUCCUGAUGACGGAAUCAAAGUCCGGCCCCUGAAGCCAUCGAGUCCCGAUGACGGGAUCCGAGUACGGCCCUUAAAAACCUCGCUUCCAAAUGACGGCAUCAGAGUCCGACCACUGGAACUACGAAACAAGGGUCCUGCGCCCCGAACCCCAUCGGUCAAGACCUCCUCUCCAAGUCAGUCUGUUGCCCCAACAGAGUCAACCUACACUGCACGAAGUGCACCAGCACGAAGCACGCGCCUUGGCGGGUCGUCAACCGAUAGUCUGCACCGUUUCGAAAAGAAGAAGAACAGCACGCCGGAGAAGGGCACAAAGCUACGUGAGAGUCGCUCGUAUGAAGAUCAAAGCAGGCGUGUCGAUGAAAACAAGAGGCCAGGUAGUCAAACACCCACGCGGAUACCACACCCAAAAAGAAGUCCCUCGAUACGAAAGGCGCAGCCAAAAAGCAAACCAAGGCGUAGUCCUAGUCCUGCGGAGACUCGCACAGAAACAGCUACGACGCUUACUGAAUCGUGGCAGGACCACGAAGAGUCUGUCAACUCUCAAUCCCCGUCAAAUGUUUCACUGGGUGAAUUAUCCGAGCCGUCAACGUUGCCUUCAAAGACCUUGGCCGAUAUCCCGGUGGGCCUCUCGGCUUUUAGCGAGCUUGAUCUACCCGUUCGUGGGGAAGGUGGAAGAUCACGACCAAGCAAUGCCCGGGGAACGAGCUUCAAGGGUGUCCCGCAAGUACUGAAAAAGGUGGUCAGCGAGGGAAAGAAAAUGAUCCACGAGGUAUACGAGAAGCCAGAGCCACCUCGUGCGGCACCAAACCGGCCUGUCCGGAUCGAGAACUGGCUGGAGAACACCGUGGAUCCUUUUGUCGAUGCGUUACCGGCGCCGAAGGUCUCGCCCAUCCAGAAGCAGCAGUCGGUGGAAGACGAGUGGAAGAUGGAUGCGCGGAAGCGAUCGAUCCCAGAGCCACGGACGCGCAGUCGCGAGCGAUCCCCUUCGAUGCCCAACAACAUACUGCGUGACAACGGGGACCAUGGGCGAACAAGCUCGACAAAAAUGAAAGACAUGGAGAAGAAGGCACCGGCGCCAGUGCCCAAGAAAGAACGUGUGGUCGAGGAGCCUAUGAUGACAGCCGCGAUACCAGCAGCCGCUACGCUGGAUGCACGGUCUAGUAGUCCUGGUCUGCGACGGAGCAGAGCCACACGAGGCUCGGCAUCUUCGGUGAGGGCCACAAGUGCAAAGAAGCCCACGCGCGAUCUACGUCGUGACACACUGCGUGGUGAAAGUGGAGGACAUGCGGCGCCAAGUUCGAACGGCAGCCGCGGAUCUUCUAGCCGCGGGCGAGACCAUGAUGCAGAGUCAGAUCGAUACAGGGACGACCGUAGCUCUGACAGCUACAGUACGUAUAAAUCGGGGUCAGAACGACGAGACCACCACCGGAAGAUUUCUGCUGGCUCGGGCAAGAGCAGCGCUUUGCUAUCAUCCUCAUCCGCAGACGCAUCCAGCAUUGCCGAGAGUGAGCUCAGCAGCAGCUAUCUCGGUUCGGACAUGCAUUACUCGGACUAUGUGCGACGGCCGCCACCUCCAACGCAUGGGGACCAUGAGCUGUCAACGAUCCUUUCGGAAGAGUCGUCUGGCUCCCGGCCGUCGGACACCAUGUCUACGAUCUCGGAGUCCACCGUUACCCAAACAACGGUCACGAAGAUGGCCGGCGACUUUUCAAUAGCGGGAAGCCAGCGGUCGUCGACAGGUCUGAAGCGACGGCUGACGAAGCAUUCCGAUCUGGUGUCGGUGCUGUCUCUGCCGGACGACGCGCGGCGGCUUUCGCGGGCAAAGAGCAUCAAGCGGGCGCGCAGUCUGCAUCGGAGGACGAGCAAGCUGGACAAUGCAACGUUAAGUGACCUCCUGCUGGAGUUUGGAGAAGAUGACGAUCUCUACAGCAGAGAGCUGAAGACUCUGGUUGACGGUGUCAUCCCCGUUCUUUUGACGCAGUUUGUCCACGAAAGAGACCCCCAGCGGUCAGCGCAGAUCUUCGGAGCUGGAGCAGAUGCCCACAGGAUCAACAUGAUGUCGAAAGCCGUGGUCGACAUGGGCGUCGUCCUCGAGGAGCUGAGAACUCUGCACAAGCUUGUGCCGCUUCACGACGCGCAGCGCAUGAUCCAAUGGAUGGAGACGGCCUUUUCCGUGUACGAGGACUAUCUGGAUGCUUGGCGUCUGGGCUUCCAAGGCAUAAUUGUCAACCUGGCGCCGGCGGCGGGAAGGCAAGACGACAACGACUCGCUCCUGAACGCCAUGGACCGAAAUGAAGACGGCGAUGUGCUGGACGUGAACGGAGAGCGGGUUGACGUGGCGUACCUGCUGAAGCGACCGCUUCUGCGGAUCAGAUGGAUGCUGAAGUUUGCAAAGGGAGUCAAGAUCAUCCUGGGCGCGGGGCUGGCGGGCGACAUCGUGACGCAGCUGGAAGCUCUGCACGAGAAGGCGCGGCGACGACAUCGCGAGGAGACGGCUCGCAAGACGGACGAGGAUGCGAUAGCAACGGACACGACUCGAGCGCGCAGUCUCCGCAACCUGGCCGCUCUGGAUCACGUACACAUUGACCGAGGACGGCAGGUCAACGCCAAGGACUGGUUCGACCUGGACCUGUCGCACUCCAACGGCCAGCGGCUUGAGUGCCAGGUCGAGCUGAUCUUCCGGGACGUGCCGGGCGACCCGUCGGACGCGGGCGACAUUCUCAUCCGAGAAGCAGGGGCCGACGGCCAGUCAUGGCUACUGUUCCCGCCCAUCUCGCUGCCGUGCAUAUCAGCCCGCCGGGGCGAGGACGAGCAGUCACUGGUCGUCAUGAUCCGCGAUGUCUACCAUGGCCAUGAAUGGUACGAGCUCAUGACACUUUAUGCGGACCUUGACGAUGCAGUAGACGACUGGUUGGAGAUCAUGGGCACCAGUCCGGUGCCACCGAUGCUCUCCGACAUGAGCGUGGCGGAGGAGAUGCCAAGAGCAGCUGAGGAGGCCGACAUUCCGCUGGGCGAACGCAGGUUCCAAGAGGCCGGCCACGAGAGUCCUACGGGGCCGAAGACACUAUCCCGCUACCACUCGCGCCAGAGUUCCAGCUCGCGGACGCCAUCGACACCGCCGUCGCCGUCGUCGCCUAGGUCCGUUUCCGAUGCCGAGAAGACGCCGACACAGUCCAGCGCACGUCUGGCAUCUCCACCACAGUCACAGGGGCGACGGGCACUGCCGGUGAUUCCGGAGAAGCCGACGAGCCACCCGCUCAACGAGGACAUGAGGCCGGAUCCGUCGAAGCUCAAGAGCUCUUCCUCCAAGAGGACAAUUGCGGACGAGGACGGGGCACCUCCUCUGCCACCAGCCCACCGGUCGGUUGGACCGAAAGCGGCGCCGAUACUGGCACCGCCGAGCAGCAAGAAGUCGCAGGCGCCCUGGAUGCGGCGUCGCACGUCGUCGCCGUUGAAGCACGAAUACCAUCCGUCAGACCACUCGUCCGAGAGCGACUCGACGUCGGAAGGAUCCGAGACGGAGUCGGAGUCGUCGAUCGAGGACGACCUGUACGAAGACGACAUCCCAGACACGCUGCCGGGCAUUAGCAUCAAACAGGCGGAGCCGUUCUCGGCAGAAGCCAUGGCAUCGGAACGAGAAGACAGCAUUGCCCCGUCGCAUUCCGCCUCACAGAUAGGACUGCCGGGUCUGCGGACGUCGCGUGUAUCCGAGCACACGCUGCAGUUCACGGCGGAGAUCUCGUACUGGUCAAACAAGAAGGGGGCGUGGAAAGGCCUAAAGGACCCGGUCAGCACAAUCGUCAUCACGCCAGGGCUGAUCGAGGCAUUUGCGCCGGGAGCCAUGGUGGCAGAUGCACGGCGCAGUCCCGGACGGACUGAGUCGUCGGAGGUGGAAAUCAGUGCAGAGGUGCCACGGCCGCUGAUUGCGCUGGACCUGACGCCGCUGGUGAUGAUCCGGCAGAGCACGCUGAUUGACCUUGAGAUCCGGUCGCCGGUCAGGGCGUAUGCCAAGUACAGCAACCUAGACACGAGCAUCUUCCGGUUCCGGGCGUCGUCUCCGGCCGAGCUGGCCAACCUGUACAAGGCGGUGCACCAGUCGCGGAUGAACAACGCCAAGUACAAGGCGCUGGAGGAGGAGGCGCGAUUCGAGUCGUUUGGCCAGCCGCAGGAGCGAGUGGCCGGCGGCGACGACAACAGCAGCAUGCGCCGACGGGGCGGAUGGUUCGGGCGCAAGAACAGCUACCGCGCAUCGACACGGGCACCGUCACAGGUGCAGUCGCAGUCGCAGUCACAGGGCAGCUCGUCAACGCUGUCGGCAACGAGCUUUUUGCGGCGACUGACGGGACACGUCAACAAAUCGUUCAACAUUGAUCGCUCGUCGGUAGACAAGUCAGGGCGACCAGGCAGCGGCGGCAUGAGCUUCUACACGUCGUCCGGGGCGUCGUCAGCGGGCAGCGGCAUACACACGAUGCCGCGGUCGCCUUCGGUCAGCCUGGCAGACGGCAGCAUCCGCGGCGUGCAGGCGCUGGGAACGACAAACAUCAAGAUGCGCUGCCACCUGCAGAUCUCGGGCCAGAAGUGGGAGGACCGGGGCAACUGCACGCUGACAAUUGCGCGGCCACCACCGGGCGCGCGACAGGAGCUGACAAUCUACCACGGGCUGGAGAAGCGGGUGCUGGUGCUGUCGAUUCCGCGCAAGGAAAACAUCCAACCGCUGAUUGUGCUGGAUGUCGUUGUGGGCAGUGCGUGCUUCACGAGGCUGGCGGCUCGCGGCAUUGUGCUCAACGUGUGGGAGGAGAUGCGCGACGAGCAGAACCGUGUCGGCCAUGUGUCUGCGGCUGGCGCCAUCAGCGGCCGUGUGCGCAAGUGGUGCUUCCAGUUUUCGACGGCGGCAGUGGCCAGCUGGGUCUACGGCCUUGUGGCCUCGGAGGUGGAGAUUGCUUAG